GGGAUAUAGGCGUCUGAAUCGUCGUGUGGCGGUAGUAGACUCUACCAUCCUGAUACAUUCGGACAAAUAUAUUCAGGCCACAACUCCCUGACUUAUCGCUAUUUCAGCGGAAGAGGAGCUAGGUGAAGUAGCUAGACCGCGAUUAAGCAACAUUUCACUGCCGUAUGCAACGACUUUCAUCACUCGCUUCCACCUCUGCUCGCCGUAUCACCCGUCGAACCACGCACAUUGCCCGUUAUGCCACACAGGUGACAACGCCACAUCGCCCACGGCAGCUGCCUUUUACCGACCACAACCAACAACAUCACCAUUCUCCUCCAACUCAUCAUGCGACGCAUAACGCUCUUGGAAUAGCAGCGGAGCCAACAAGAGCCGAAGUCACACCCGACGAUGUCUUCCCUCUGCUCAAAUCCCGCGUCACAGCAUGGAUGGACCGCCCCGUCGUCAGGAAACGGCUCAUUCGCUUUGGAAUAGAACCACAAUACCUGCCUAAGCUUCUCAAAGCAUUUGCGAUGGACGUCAAUUCCGGAGAGGCAUUCCGGAACAAUGAACACUACGGCCCAGCAGAGGUCGCACGGAUCGCCACUGACCUCUCUUCCCCACAACGACACCUAUUUCAACUCGACCGAACUCUGACGACACUCUUCUACUCCUGGGCCGCCCGACCGCACCGCGCAGAGUUCAUCCAAUCCCUCUCAUCGUCGGGCACGCGCGACUUGAUCAGCAAACUCCACAGAGCAGUCGAUUUUACUACCGUUGCCGACUCUUUCCCAGAGGCGAGGGUCAUGCGGCGGAAAAUUAUCAUGCAUGUCGGUCCUACGAAUAGCGGAAAGACAUACCGCGCCCUUCGAGCUCUCGCCGCCGCACCCGUCGGAGCCUACGCCGGUCCCCUGCGUCUCCUAGCACACGAGAUCUACGAACGUCUGAAUACAGGCCAAAUCGUCCCCGCCGGAAUCGACCCCGAAGCCCAACCAGAACUCGCAGACGAUACGUCCAACCUCGACAUCCCCGCCGGCGAGACGAAACCCGCCAUUCGUAAAGUCGGAGAUCCACGAUAUAUCAGACCGUGCAGUAUGAUCACAGGCGAGGACGUGAAGCUCAUCCCGAACGCGAAUCUGUAUGCCUGCACGAUCGAGAUGAUCGCCACCUCGAAACGGUACGACGUCGUCGUUAUUGACGAGAUUCAGAUGAUCACCGACUCUGAGCGGGGACAUUCUUGGACUGCUGCCGUUCUUGGGACCGCGGCAUCCGAGUUGCAUCUCUGUGGCGAGGAUACGGCUGUGCCGAUUAUCGAGGCGUUGGCGAAGAUGACGGGCGACGAGCUGAUCGUUAAUCGGUAUGAGCGGCUCUCGCCGUUGGAGGUUGCGGAGAAGAGCUUGGAGGGAGAUUUGACGAAGGUCACGAAGGGGGAUUGUAUCGUUACGUUUUCGAGGUCGAAGAUCUUCCAGUUGAAGGAUGCGGUGGAGAAGAAGACGGGGUUGAAGUGUGCUGUGGCGUAUGGGAGGUUGCCGCCUGAGAUGAGGAACGAGCAAGCGAGGCAGUUCAACGAUCCGGACAGCGAAAUUGGCGUUCUCAUCGGAAGUGACGCUAUCGGUAUGGGUUUGAACCUCAAAAUUCGCCGCGUCAUCAUCUCUUCCAUGGCCAAAUUCGACGGCGAAAAGGAGACGCGACUGUCUACCUCACAAACCAAACAAAUCGCAGGUCGCGCCGGCCGCUUCGGCAUGGAAGCCAGCGGAAUCGCCACAACCCUUCAUCCAGCGGACCUCCCCCUCCUUCGAGAGGCCAUCAACGCACCAUCCGUUCCUCUCAGAUACGCCCGCGUCGGCUGGCUCGUAGGCGUUUUCGAAGGCGUCAUGGCUGCACUUCCUCCGGGAACGACGCUCUCCACCGCCCGCGAAGCCCUCAUCUACGCUUCCGUCGUACCGACCUGUUUCGAGAUGAUGGACGCGAACGAUAAGAGCACGAACCUCGUCGAAUUCGUGGAUAGUAUCGCGAAGGAUCUCCCGAUCUCGGAACGCCAGAUGUUGUCGCUGUGCCCGUUCCCGUUUCAAGAUGCCGUGACGCGCGAUAUCCUGGGUUCUAUAUACGCGACGUACCGUGAUCAGGCCAAAGUCGACCUCCGAAGAUUACUCGAGACGGAUCCUCAUGCCCAACGUAUCCUUGCGCUUCUUAAUCAGGUCUUGGAGGCCAUGGAGGACCCAGAAGGGAAGAUAAAGGAGGAGAUAACCAUGAAGACCGGGUGGCAGCAGCACUUGAUCGAGCUGGAGAGCUUGCAUAAGGUGUUGGUGGCUUACAGCUGGCUGCAUAUGCAUCGCUCGCUUGCGUUCUUCUCGAACCACCAGGCGGAGCAGUUGAGGUUCGCAACGGAGAAGGCGAUGGAUUUCUGUUUGAGGGCGAAGAAUAUGAAGCGGGCUGGUGGUGGGAAGGGGAAGAAAGGUCCCCCGAGGGCGAUGCAUGAAAUGAAGAGGCAGUCGCAUAUGAGGCCUAAUGUGGCAGGGCAUUUGCACUAGGAUGCGUGCUUUGUGGGCAGGGGUCACUGGGGGCGCUCGUCGCGAUGUAUAUUUACACUAAAGUAUCCUAUAUUGCU